GCGGUUUCCGUAGGUCGCGCGCUGAGCACCGGAUGCUGGAGGCCACGCCCCUUAACCAUCUCUAAUGCUUUUUGGAGGUGCUGAGAAGAUCCGCACUGUCAGUGUGUCACAGACCAGGCAACAGGUACAAUAUAUGUAUUUUUGAGGUCAAUCGUUUGAGACUGAUUUAUUGUGAAGGGACAUCAGGUCAAAGUGCAACAGAAAAUAAUUCAACUGAUUGUAAACAUGAAUCUGACACCACCGGACCAAAGCAUUCAUAAGCCUAAUGAGGUCUGCGUGGAGGACAACAAAGCAGAUGUAAUGCUCCCGUGCUUUCGCCGAGACAUGUACGAGGAGCCUCUCUCCUCCUACCACAAUUCACCGCUCAUCUCUCAUCUCUUACGAAAAACCAUCCACAAUAAGCGUUCCAUUCUUAACAACAACCAUCUCUACAUGCCAGCGACCUCCAUUUCUAGUUCCAGCAUGGUUGAAUCAAGACCCACUAUAACUGAGACUGCUCAGGAUGACUGGAGUAACCUUUCUUCCAAAGACGGCCAGCUGGAAUCAGCAUCUCCCGAAUAUCCACUGAGCGAGCAUGUCCAGGCCAAACGAGCCAGGGUGGAGAAUAUCAUACGAGGCAUGGCGAGCUCACCGAGCGACAAGUCACAUGCAGACAGAGAGAAUUCUGAGAGUGAAGUCAGCAGGUAUGGCAGAGAAGUUUAUAAAGAGAACAAACGCAAACAGAAGCUUCCUCAGCACCAGGAGCACAACCAUGCUGGAAUUUCAGAGACAAACUGUGAUGCUAAUGCAAGCAGGGAGGAAGAGUGUCACAAGCUACGAAAACAACUCCAGAGCAUGCAACGGCUCUUACACCAACUCCAGGAGAAGUUCCUACAUAUGUACGACCACAGUAGCUCAGAGAGUGAAGAGAAAGGGGAACAGCAAGACAGUCAUGAUCUUGAUGUGGGCAUGAAUUCUGAUAAUAGCAACACACUUGAACACAAAGAUAGCUGGAAACUAGGGGAUGGUUGUUUGAGCUUGCAGAGGGAUCAAAAGAACCUCCAGGAAAUGCUCAAAUGUGAGCUUUCCAGGGCUAUAAGUGAAAGCAUUGAUAUGGUGUUCAGAAGACUCUCUGUGAUCCUAGAGAACCAAUCGCCGCACCCAUGUCAGAGUCCAGAGCAUGCAAACAUGGAGAAACAAGAGCAUCAAGCAUGUUCCAGAGAGUCUUCUGAAUUAGAGACUGCCACAAAACCAAGGGCUGCAGAGUGCUUUGAAAGCACACCUUCUCACAGUCCAGAGCAUCAGACAGAAGCUUUAUCUCUAGUGGUCCGAAAACCUCCAUUAAAUCCUUUGGGUUCAGUAACUCAUCCAGUAAAGAGACCAUAUCCUCUGCACCAACCUCCAUUCCAGUUCAGUCACAGCACUCCUCUGCAUGACAGCCAAAUCCUGGAGCACCUCCUCAAGUAUGGACCUCAUGCUAAUUUCAGUGGGAUCUCUUGCCUUCCUCCAUCACUGGACAGAUCAUCUACAGAUUCUGUGGCUCUUCCUUGGGAAAGCAUUGCAAUGAGGUCAAAGGUAAGCUCUGGUCAUCUUGGGCAGCACCAUCGCCCUGGGACUCUCAGCCAAGUGGCAAUAGAAAGCCUUUGCCUCCCGCAUGUAAAGAUGGAAUGUGGACAACUGCAGAGUAUGGCAGAAAGGAACAACUACAUGUCACUCAAUAUCCAAGAGGGACUAACACCUAACCAUUUGAAGAAAGCCAAGCUGAUGUUUUUCUACACACGGUAUCCAAGUUCAAACAUCCUGAAGGCCUAUUUCCCCGAUGUCAAGUUUAAUCGCUGCAUCACGUCCCAGUUAAUCAAGUGGUUCAGUAACUUCCGAGAGUUCUACUACAUUCAGAUGGAGAAGUUUGCACGCCAUGCCAUUGUAGAUGGAGUGAGCGAUGUGAAGGACAUCUCUGUUACCAGAGACUCUGAAGUCUUCCGGGCUCUUAACAUGCACUACAACAAAGCCAACGAUUUCCAGGUGCCGGAGCGCUUCUUGGAGGUGGCUGAAAUCACCCUGCAUGAGUUUUAUAAUGCCAUCUCUCUCAGCAAAGAUUCUGACCCAUCAUGGAAAAAAGCCAUUUACAAAAUCAUCGGUAAACUGGACAGUGACGUUCCUGAUGAGUUCAAGUCUCCUUCAUAUUUGUAGAUACUUGAAGGAUGGAGAUCUGAUAAUUGCCGUGAAUAUGAAUACUUUAGGAGAUUCAGUAGCCAUUUUGAAAUGUGUUCAGUCCCGAUUACAGGGAAUCGUUUCUUAUCAUUGGUGUGAAUUGUACUUUCAUUUUAUACUGCAAAUGGUGAGGAUCUCUUGUCAAGUUAUGCAGUUUUGUUUUGGAGAAAUGUACCCUUUUUUUUUGUGACACUUCGGGUUUAUCUUAUAUAAAAGAUUGUGAUAUAACUCGGAACGUUCAUCUCAUGGAGGAAAAAAAACAUGUCUGUAACAAAUGAAAUAAUACGUCUAAAGAGAUUCUACUUCCUGCCUGUAGUUGUGUAGUAUGGUAUAUUAUGACAAAUGAAUUAUUUGAAGUAUAGUAGUUUUGAGUUAUACCUCUACAAAAAAAAUAAUAAAAUGAUAUGUAUAAAGUAUUUGUAAUAUAUAUUAUCAGUUGUUGCAUACUUUAAUGAUUUCUUUCAUGGUGCAUUGGAGGAUUCAUUUGAACUUCUCAUCGUGGUCAAAUUACUAUGUUGCUGUUUGACGAUUCAAGCUCUGGAAACAUCUGGUCUGCUCACCCAUGUGAUGCGCCGAAUGCACCAUUGAAAGUACUUUUCCCCAACGCAGCCCACUAAGGUGCUAGUAAUCCAGGACAUAAAGGCUGUUGUUCAGAGUGCAGAGUUGUUUUGUUCUCUGCAGCUGAUUCAAGUCACAUUUCUAAGGCUUUCAUUCAUUGUGUCAGGGCAGGCACGAGCAUUUGCAACUGCCAUGUCUUAAAAACAACAACAACAAUGCAUUCUCUGGUCAUGACUAAUGCACACGAGCACAUGACGGAGAUCUGCCACCCAGGCAGAAUUCCACCCAAACAUCCAGUGUUUCCUCCAAGCACCCAUGUACUGCCGACUCAUCGCUCCUUACCGCUGCUGUGAAGUGCUUGCUCUUUACUCUCUAACCACAUUUAAAAUAAUUUGAUCCAUUUUGUUGUAAUUUGUAUAGCAUUUUUAAUAAUAGUAGCUUUAAAAUUCUAACAAGCAAGCCCAGAAAUGGAAAUCACGAGGAGAGCUUGACAGAAUCCAGUCUCAAAAGGGAACCCAUCUUAGAAAUCACUCACAGUAUACACUCACCGUCCACUUUAUUAGAAACACCCGUACUGUACAUUCAUGAAAUUCAUGUCCAAACCAUAUGGCAGCAACACAAUGCAGAAAAUCAUACAGGUCAAGAGCUUAAUGUUUAA